CCAAAUGGAAACCAAACAACUCAGGCGGCUUACGCCACCACCGAUCCCAAAUUGUAUUUUUCCCUAAACCCAAAUUUACAUUUCUCCUCUUGAUUUUGGAUCCGACCCGGUUUGAGAGCUUAAGUUCCAACCUCCGAACCCUAGCCAUGGGGUAUUCCAAUUCACCAAUCGCAUAAGAAGCACAGAGGUCUAGUUGACUUCAAACCCUUCGCCGCUUUUUUGUCCCGUCCUCGUCGCGUGCAUAGGUGAUUAGGUGGUUGUGGAUUGCUUGGGCAUGGAGGUGACGGGUGUCGGUGCGGAUGAGAAGACGAUCCGGGUUGUGAGAGCCAAUUCGGGGACGGAUCGUGUUCGGGUGAAGAGACAGACCCUGGAGACGGUGCUCCAGCAGUGCCAGAGAGCUCUUGAGCUCCUUAAUUCCGUAGGGGGUACUGAGGAAGACGACGACGACGAUGUUGGAGAUGCUGGGAGAGAUGUUGUGGAGGAGAACGAUGAGACCUCAUCCACGCCGUCUCCUGAUGCUGAGACGGAGGAGUUAUGUGAUCUCUUGAAAUCUAGAGUUGAUAGCCCAGAUUUCCUUCAAAAGCUAGAAAAUGCCCAAGCAUCAGUUCCCCAAAGUAUUGCUGAAGAAUGCAGUUCAUGGGACAUAGUCAAUGACAGUGAUCUGUGGGAAAGUGGAGAUCCUGAAUUGGACAAUGAGGAUUAUGUUUUAGUUCGGCAAGAAGACAUAGUGGAUGGUAUAGCAUGUUUCAUGGCUGCAUAUCUGUUGUCUCUUAAACAAACUAAGGAUCUGACACCAAACCAAUUGCAGGAAGCCCUCAGCAAGACAUUCUCUGUAAAAAAGAAGAAAGGAAAGCUUCGGAAGGCAUGGGAUGGAAGCAAAAUCAUUUAUAAUGUAGCAUCUUGGGGGGCAACAGCAGUUGGGAUAUACCAAAACCCGGCCAUUCUUAGAGCUGCCACGGCAGCCUUCUGGACAUCCUGCCAUGUUAUAUCAAAGCUGUUCUGAGCAGCAAAUGUAAAUAGGUGGAAGAAGUUUGAUUCUCAGAAUGAUGUAGUGGUCAGACUGCCAUAGUAGCCUGAAACGUUCAUCUACUAUCUGUAACAUAAGUUCCAUUCUUUCGUGCAAAUUUGAUCAAUGUCUCCUGUCAAUUAGUCCUGUAAAUAUGUUAUGCCUUCAAUUGAAAUGCCCUUUGUGUGUAGAA